UCACAAUUCACAUACUACAACUUACUUUAAGAAAUUUGAGUACAUGUCGAACACCUAGCCAUGGCUUCGGAAGGCCUGAUUUUUGUUGGAGGAGAGGUGCUGGAAAGUGAUGAUGACGAGGAGGAUCUUCCAGAGUCGGUGGAAGCAGUGUUGUCUCGAUGGUGGAGAUCCAUGCCUGCUGGUGAACGAAAUAGAAUCUCGUGCCAACACAGCCUAGAGGCACAUCUCAGCCCCAGAUCUAGAAUAUGGUCAAUUGCAAGGUUUGCCGAGUGGAAGGUUCGGUGGACUUCUCGUGUGCUCUGGAUGACAGCCGUGAGUCAGUCAAGUAUCAAGUCAAGUCGGCAGGAAAAGCGCAACCUCCCAUGUAGGGAGCAACACACAAUUCUGUUAUGGUUGCCGAAACAGCCAUGACUAUUUUAGCUCCUGUCAAGCUCCUAAAUGCACAGAGGGGGGGAGUUUCUCAACCAGCGUGCUCAGAAGCUAUCAUCAGCGGUUCUCGCCCAUGCAUCUCGGCCUGUCAGUAGGGAGUAUGUGUGUGAUCUCCUGGCCCUUGCCUGCCAUCUGCUGUGGCUUCCUGGCCGUGCCAAAGAGGCAGUUGUACAUCUUGAUACUGCCAUGAAGUCUCUCGCUGCCAACUCGUAUGGUGGAGAACUGGAGAAAUCACUACGGUAUGCUAUGGCCCGUGCAGAUGUGCAGUUCAAGGCGGACUGCCGAAGACGAGAAGCUCUCAAGCUCCAGCGACACGCUGCGUCGCUCCCAGAGUUCCGCACGGUCCGGUGCAUUGCUGCGGAUGAGCUGAAUGAUCACUUGCACGCUUGGCAUGAACAAGCUGAGCCGGUUCUGGUUAAGGGCCUUGCUUGGACUAUGACAUCCACCAAGUGGUCAUUUCAGCAUAUUCGGGAUGUAGCUGGCCACUGCAGCGUGGAACUGAUGAAACCUAGCUCUCAGUCAGCGCUCUGGGCAAAGCUGGAAACCUCAACGACCAGUCUGGUUCGUGACUUUAUCGACCGUCUACUCACGGCGAACGCAUUAGCCGGAAAUGGAAGUGAUUGUCCGUCUACAACUCAGUCGCCAACCUGUGAUGAACCUGCCGCCAAACGUAGCAUGCCCUCUAAGCAAGCGGCUGACGACUGUGACUACCUGUUUGACUGGAGCCUGCCUUUGAACUGUCCUGAGCUGGCUGCAGAAGUCUCCGUGCCACCUGGCCUGGCAGAUAAUUGGCUGAGCAAUCUAUCGGAGGGCACACAGUAUCAUAACAGUUGGCCAAGUUUGUUCGCUGCUCCCAGUGGUCUGGCCAGUGGACUCCAUAUAGAUGCGUUUUGCUCGAGUUUCUGGAUGGCCGUUUUCGAGGGGACGAAAAGGUGGACAAUUUUUCCACGCGAUGAAGCUGCCAUGCUAUCCCCGACCUACCCAUUUUCCUUGGAUGCUGCACUACCGAUGGAUGUGACUGGCUGGAAUGAUCCCAUGUCAAGUCUUGCUACUGAUUACCCAGCACUUACCAUGACUCAUCCCUGGCAAGUGUGUGUAGAGGCUGGGGAUGUGCUGCUGGUACCAUGGGGUUGUGCGCAUCAAGUUGAGAAUGUUGGCACAACACUUGCCAUAUCCAGCAACGUUGUCACACGGCACAACGCCAAGGAAUCCAUAUCUUGGCUAUCACUGCAGCGUCUCGAAGAUCCCAAUGCUGAUGGGAUUGUUAGAGAACUGACUUCACGCCUGAAGGAAGCAUCCCGGGUGCUUGUCCCUGGCUGAGAAGAGCUCCAUGGCAGUAAGUAAGCGUGUGUGCUUGCUGCUUGGAGCUGUGAAGAAUGUGCGGUGGUAGCGUUGUGAUUCGUGUCACAUUGCUGUCCAGUACUGUCGCACAAGCAACCGUGCGGGCCAAUGCCAAUGAGCUGGUCAUCACCAGCUGUGGCAUUCUCAGCACUAUACUCUGAAGAAUAGCUAUACGCUGCCCCUGCUCUUAGCACAGCUUGAGCUACAUAUCAAACCGACUGAGCACGUACCUGGACCCUGAACAGGGGUAUACCACCUACCUACCCCUCCCUCCCCCCCCCCCCCACAAAAUGGGCAUCUUUGUACGGGGGAGGGGGCAUUUGCUCUCUAUGCUGUGUGCCAAGGACACAGUGACACUGCCGGCACUUCACCGGACUAGUGAAUACGACCACCUGUGUAUUUACUUUGGAAGGGCAAUGCAGCCCCAUCUGACAACGCCAAUCGGCAACCGAUUGAGUAAUGAAUGGUUCCAGCGUGACCUGGCCCGCUCACCUUAAUAGCCAAUGUUAUUUGCCGCAGUGUCUCGGAAUGAAUUGUUCAUCCUGCCAUUCAGGUUGCACACGGCUAUUGCUGCGGUCCUUAACCAGGCGCUGCUGUAGCCUAUGAGCAUGCCCACUGUCACAUUACGUGGCACAUGCUGCUAACUUUGCACAAAGUUAAGCCAUUGCAAUCCAGCUUGUAGUCUGGAGUUCGAAUUCAGAAGUGGACUGUGUUUUAACUUUUAACAUGCUAAGUCAUCAGAGUGAAUAACGUUAGCAAGAGAAUAGAACGGUUGUCAGUUGACAACCCUCCUGUUUCCUUUCUCUGCUAGAUCAUGACACUGAUAUAUUUGGUAUCUGUAGUAUGGCUAGUGUUGCUUGUUAGUUGUAUUUUGAUAUCCAAUAUUAUUGUACACUCGAUGAUUGCAUAUCACGCAGCUGAAACUAUUUGAUCAGUGACUGCCACUACUCAGCCUGGUCUACGCCGCACAGCUAUUUGAACAUGCACGCGUGCACAAACACACACACAAACACGUGCACACACACAAACACACACACGCAUACACACACAAACACACACAACACACACACACACACACACACACACACACACACACACACCAGAGAUCAGAGAUCAAAACACUUAGCCGUUCUCCUGCGGGAAUGCAGGCAAUGCCAUGGGUGGGCACAUGUGUCUGCAUUCCACGGCGUGCUUCUAAAAAAACAACUUGUACAAUGCAUUCGAUAAUCAGUGUCUUAUGUAAUGUGGCCAUAUGGGUGGAGACCGGACAGUGCGCACACACGGCAUAUAGAGAUGAUUUCGCUAUGGGAAUACAGAUACUGUAGUGCUAUAAAUCUGAAUAAGGUCGGCUUCACCUGGCAAGGACAUGGAAAUAUACUGUAAUUCCCCGAAUGUAAGUCGCACCUUUUUAUACCUAACUUCAGGGCCAACAAAGGGGGUGCGACUUACAAUCCAGCAUGACUUAGGUACUACUGAAGUGAAUAUAUUGAAACGAUGUGACAUGG